AUGAAUCUGAAAAAUUCAGUGGGAUGGAUUCUUCUGGUACUCUUUCACUGUGGACUACAGACAGCAGCAGAGAAGGCUGUUGAACUGGCCAAUGUUCACCUGCUUCCACCAGGAGGCUAUAAGAGACUGAUCAACCUUAAUGCGGAAGAGCAUCCAAGAGACUGCAGUGAGAUUUUUAAACAGUCUGAAGAAAAUGCCAGUGAUGGUCUUUAUGUCAUUCAGCCAGCUAAGGAACCCAUUGGUGUGUACUGCAAUAUGCAAGAUGGUGGCUGGACAGUAAUUCAGCAUAUUACUGCAAACAGUACUGUAGACUUUGACAGAACCUGGCAGGACUACAAAUAUGGAUUUGGCUCAGUUAAUGACAACUACUGGCUAGGCAAUGAAUACAUGCAUCAAUUAACUAGCUCUCCAACGCUGUACAAACUUAGAGUUAAACUUGUAGACCUAAAUGCUCAAAUCAAGUGGGGAGAGUAUGAACCAUUCCUUAUUGAAGAUGAAACAUCUCAAUACAGGAUCAGGCUUGGUCUGUAUAAAGGUAAUGCUGGUGAUGCCCUGUGUCAGGAUACAGAAGCCUAUCUCCAUGAUAACCAGAAGUUCACCACAAAAGACAGAGACAAUGACAAUUAUUUCCAAAAUUGCGCUAAGCUAGAGUACAAUGGCAUACCUGGUGGAGGAUGGUGGUAUGAUGCCUGUGCUGGUGCAAAUCUGAAUCGCAGGAAUGUUAUCUACUGGCAACAGGACUGCAACAAAAAUCAUUUGUGCAAGUAUGCUUGGAUGAUGGUCAAACCUGUAGACCAUAGCAAGGUCUGUUCCAAGAUCUGUCCAUUUCAGAAAGUUGAACUGUAA